AAAGAGUCAUUUCGUUUUCUAUUAUCGUACAAUUUAAUAAUAAUUAACAAAAAUUAUAAUUAUUUAAAUUUAAGAUGGUGCGCUUUCAUCGGAGACGGUUUUCAUAAAAAAGGUUAAACAUUUUGCAAUCACGAAGUCAUUUGCAAAGAAAGGAAGUAUUUUUAGUGAUAUCAAGUUUUAAUGUAAUGUAAUCUCGUUCAACCCACGUAAGAAUACAGUGAAUACAAAAUGCCUGAAUUGUCACAAAUUAGAAAUUUCAGACUCAAGGUCCUGUUUCUGAUUCAUUUCAUUUUUAUGUCGCUAAGUACGAUGGGAUAUUGGAGUUCCAAUGCGUAUCUGUUUUAUAACAGUUUGCUUAUUCUUCUCUUCCUUUGGAGUUUGUAUCAUGACCAAAGUCAUGAACCUAUACAAUUGGCCAUUGUUGUAAAUGGGAGUUCAAUAUUUUUAGAUAUCUUAAUCUUGGUAAUGGGUUUUCCACAUUCUGACGAUAGUGCCAGAAAUAAAUUUUCAGCAGCUAUGGCAAUAUUACAUCUUAUAAUUCGCCCGUUCAGUACAAUACUGUUAGUUAAGAAUUUAGAAGAACGAAGCGGUGCCACAGGUGUCCUAACUGGAAUAUUCCCUGGUGGAAAUAGUACCGGAAGUGACGCCUACGAAGAUCUCGACAGACCUGUCAUUCCUCAGAGUUCCGGAAAAACUGGCGGAUACGAUUUCUCAUCCGCUCAGCAAAUUUAAGUAAUAUUCUUUAUAUAUAUCUAUCGUUUUUCUUUUUGGAUUUUCAAAUUACCUUACCUGUAUAUAUUUUUAUAAAAUCCUAGUGAAAUAUUAUAGUCGAGAAAUAUCCUAAAUCUAUAAAAACAGUAAUUUUUGUAGUGUAAGGAUUUUAUUUUAUGGGAAAUACGUGUUAAAAAAUAUUUUUUGAUGUUGUAUUUCUAUACUAGUCUACUUAAUGACGGAUUUUUAUUUCUUAAUCAUUAUAGUCAAGUGAAUGUAUUAUUAAAAUACUGAAAACUUCUUAAUGCUCAUAUAGAGGUCAGAAUUUAAUAAUUUUUAUUAAAUGUUAGUAUUUCUGUAUAACUGAAAAUAUUUAACUGAAACCCUCAAGGUCACUUGCGACGCACAGUGGGGCAAGAGACAACAUAAGUUGGCAUUAAAUCAUUGUCGAUAUAUUUAUGGCCAAUUUUUUUUUUCAAAUAUUAUAAGUUGUGUGUACAUAAAAAAACGAUGUUUUUUCAAAGUUUUCUUCUUCUUCUCAAUGUACCUAUCCGUGACUAAUGUUGGCGAUCAUCAUGGCAAUCUUUAUUUUAUCUGCAGCAGCGCGAAAAAGCUGCACAGAUGUUGUGCUAAAGCAGGUUCUGAAGUUCUUUAACCAGGAUGUUCUUCUUCUUCCUGAGCCUCGCUUUACAAAUAUUUUCCCUUGAAGGAUGGAUUGUUCAAAAAAUGUUUUGCUCAAAAUUUUCAAAGCUGAAUGUCCGUAGUUACUACCGAUAUUGAUUUAAAUGAUAUUUGAAGUUUAGUCAUUUUUAUUUUAUAUCUUAUUUAUUUAUUAUUAUCUAAUAUUAUUUAUAUCUCAAAACAAUUGUGUUAACAUUAUUUUUGAAAAAUUGCUUAACCAAAUUGUUCUUUAAAACCAUUUACCGCAUAUUUAUAAGAAUAACAUAAAAUUUUGUAGGUAAAAUAUUGAAAAACUUAAACUACAGAUCAUCAUCAGAAUCAUCAGAUGUGACGUCAACAUCUUGCACAUUCGGAGAUUUGAACAUAAUAUAUUAUGCACUAAUAUGCAGUGCUUCCACUGGCAGGUGUUCUAAUUUCUUUCUUUUUAUGUUUCUUUUGUUUGUGAUCAGUGGAUCACUACUAAUCAACAAAAAGUGGAAUACAUCUUAAUUUGUUUUGCAUCUACUACACUUUCUUGAAUUAUUAUGCUUGAAUUAUGCAAAUAACGAAAAAUUAGAAUAGAGUGUUAUUCAAUUUAAUUAGGUCAACAUAACCUCACAAAAAAUAAAAUUAUGAAAAAAGGAGCAAAUAUGAGCAAAAAGUUAAAAUGACUUUCUAAAGAAUAAUACUCAAGCUUUCAAAAUAAAACAAAAUUAAAGUUGGAUCAGUCUGGGAACACUAACAAAUCACUUGCUCUUUUUGAAAAAUGCAUAUUUUGAUAUUUUGUACAGGUAAUUUUAAACAAUAUAUUAUAAGAGACUAUAUUUAUUUAAUUAUUAUAUCACAUCUGUAAUAAUAUUGUCACUUUCCUGAAGAUCAAAUAUCCGUAGCCAAUUUUACUAGUAAAUUAACUUUUCACUUGAAAUAAGUGGAUCAAACGUAAGUCGAAUCACGUUAUCGCGGCCUACGCAUUGUUAACACGGGACCAUGUGCCCUUUGCGACGCAUCGCAACUGUUGGAGGGGGAUUUAAUGGGGAAAAAAUGAUGCCAAAUCAUACGCAGGAUUGUGUACUAUUUAAUUAAAAUGAAUGCGACAGAAAAUACUGCGUUUAGUAUUUUCAUUUUAUGCCAACUUUUUAGCUCUCCUGCCCCACUGUGCGACGCAUCAACGAACGCCUGUCGUGUAUUUUCUUUGCGGUUGCAGAUAAAUGGGUGUUAGUACUGUAUUAUUUUAAAUCUGAAGUAAUAGGGAGCUUGCAUACAAUUUUAAAUUCGAAAAAAAUGCUAUAAAUCACAACAGAACAUAAUUUAAAACAUGUAUCAAAGAUAGUAACAUGUAACAUGAAACAAAGUUUUUUUUGUCUUUCGUUUGGCACCUAAAGACGAUUAAAGAUUCAAAUUAUACCAGCCAGCCCAAAAAGCGUCGUGACGUCAUAUGGUUGUGUGUUUACAUUCUGCGCCAACAAAGUAAACAAAAUUGUAUAUAAUUUUAAAUUAGACAUUAUAAACGUCAGUAGAAAAUACAGUUAUGUGACGUCACAAGUGUUUUUGAUCGUUUGAACUAUUCAUAGAAAACUUGUAUUUUUACAAAAUGGUUUUAUUUUCCAUAGUAAACCUUCUUUCCUUUCCUUCAAAAACUGUAUCAAACUCCAAUCUCAAUAAACUGGUAUAUAUUAUUACAACGAUAAAUGUCAUUAGAAUAUAAAUAUUUUUCCCUUAUUCCGCGACGAUGAGCUGGCCAAAUACCCUAGUAGGUGGAGGCCAAUAAACUAAAGAAGGAUCAGAAGAAUAUACCUAAAUAUAACCAUAAUCAUAACUAUAUAAUAAAACUAUGUGACGUCACGGGUCGUUUGAACUAUUUUAUACCGCAGAAUACUUUAAAUUUGUAUUUCUAAGUUAUUACGAGCUUUUGAAGCGUGAAAUUUUGGAAAUCUCAUUUUUAAACAAAACUGAACAUUAUGUAAUAAAGAAAAAUGUGCAAGUUCCCUAUUCAGGUACUUAUUUAAACCACAAUCUAUGCAGACACUGUUGUUUAAUGGUAUUUUGUUAAACUCUAAAUAUCUACCCAAUGACCCAUAAUUAUUUCCAGUCCAUCUUGGAGUAGCUUGGAAAAUAUGCCAUUUUUUAUUUCAACUUAUUCACAUAAUCGUAAAGGAUUUGGAGGCUACAUUGACUCGACUAUACAAGUACCAUAAUAAUAUUUAUAAGUUUUAUGUAAUACGGAGUAACUGAAAAAUCUUAAAUUACGGUUUUCCCACAAGUUGACUCACAUAAAACAAGUUAUUUUAGUAUAUUUAUGUACAUAUUUCAAUGUAUCUUACUUUGAACUAAAUUUUAAAGUAUAAUAUAAACAUCUUUAUUGUUCUUUGCAUUCUCAUUGUCAGGUGUUCUUUUGACAGUCAUGUACUUCGUUUUUGCUUCGUUUGCUAUAUCUACUUAGAAAAAAGACAGAAAAAACAAAUUCAGAGAUGUUUAUCAAAAUUAUAGAUGAGCGAGUCUUUUUCUCAUUAUUUUUAUUUAAGUAAAUAUUUCUUUGUGUUCGGCGUAGCAUAUUUGAGCAGUUUUGUGAAAGUAGAUAUAUUAUGUAGAUACAAAAGAUUGUUCAGUUACUCUUUAAGAAUAACUAUGUCUUGUUUUUAAACCAGGAGGAGUAAACUAAAAAGACAGAUUCACAGCCAAGAAAGUCACUAGAAAAAUCACCAAAUACAUCUUCUUUUAUGGUUGAUCAUGUCAGAUUUCGAUGGUAAUCUAUAAAUAUUAUAGUAUAAAUUAAAGGAAUAACGCAGAAAACUCAAAAAAAUGCUGAUAUAACUUAAUUAACCUAUGAAAUGUCAAUCGUGUCAAAAUUUCAUAAAUGUCAAUACUGUCAAAAUUUCGUAACAGUGGAGUAAACUUGUCCGCUAUAGACCAAUUACAAACAAGCAUUAAGGCUCGGUAAAUUUGAAUUACCCCCUGGUUUAAAAACAGAGCAUAGCCAUAGUCAAAUAAGUGUAUCUAUUCUUGAAUAUUUGUUAGAUCAUUUGAGAUUAUGCAGGUGACUGAGAUUAUCUUUUAAAACUGUAGUCAAUAGUGAUGUGAUUUUAGUUGUCAGUAGAUCAUAAUUUUUUACAAGGUUUAAUGUCAUUUUAGAAGUAAAAGUAUUCUGUGUACUUGUUGAGAUUGUAUAAAUUAGCGAAAUUAAAUAAUCGUGUAUAUCUUAUACCAUUAAGUUAUUCUUAUACCAUUAAGUUAUGCUUUGUGUUUGUUUUUCAAUAAAAAUUACAGACUU